AUUCCAGAGCCGCAGGCCUAACAGCUGCGCGCACCCUUGAGCGCCCUCUGCAGCGAAAUCUCCAGGAGGCUAGGCGGGUUAACCGCGGUGCGGGUGUCCGCUACUGCGCAGGCGCCUCAGGAAGGCCUCUGUCUGCCCUCGAUCGGUCGUCCUGUUUCCCCCCGCCCCCAGUGCGAGCAAGUGCCGCGUUCCGCGGUCGUCCGGUUCCGCGCGCGGAAGAAGCAGUGGCGGGAGGAAACUGAAGCUGGGAAAAGUUGGAUCUGCCCAGGAUCCUCUAGCUGAGCCAGGGUCCAAGGAUACUUUUACUUGAGAGCCUGUAGUUUUUCUACUCUGUCUGCUUAUAAGACUGGGAACAAGGAUUGGGGCACCUGGAUCCUAGCAGUGUGCCAAGGUAUUACUGAACCCCAGGGAACCUUGAUUGCUCUCCUUCAACAUGUUCAUGAUGAAGUUAUUAGUACUACUUUUAUUUUCUGUAUUUAUAACUGGUUGUAGAGGUAACUCUUCCUAUAGUUUGACACCUAAGUUACUGUUGGUGUCCUUUGAUGGCUUCAGAGCUGACUAUCUGCAGAAGUAUGAAUUUCCUCAUCUCCAGAAUUUUAUUAAAGAAGGUGUGUUGGUAGAAAAUGUUAAAAAUGUUUUCAUCACAAAAACAUUUCCAAACCAUUACAGUAUUGUGACAGGCUUGUACGAAGAAAGCCACGGCAUUGUGGCUAAUUCCAUGUAUGAUGCCGUCACAAAGAAACAUUUUUCUGACUCUAAUGACAAGGAUCCUUUUUGGUGGAAUGAGGCAGUGCCUAUUUGGGUGACCAAUCAGCUUCAGGAAAACAGAACAAGUGCUGCUGCUAUGUGGCCUGGUACUGAUGUACCCAUUCACAACACCACACCUUCCUAUUUUAUGAAUUAUAACUCCUCAGUGUCAUUUGCAGAGAGACUAAAUAAUAUUACUCUGUGGCUGAGCAAUUCAAACCCACCAGUCACCUUUGCAACACUCUAUUGGGAAGAACCAGAUGCAAGUGGCCACAAAUACGGACCAGAAGAUAAAGAAAACAUGCGUACAGUGUUGAAAGAAAUAGAUAAACAUAUUGGUGACCUAGUCCAUAAACUCAAGAUGUUAGGAUUGUGGGAAAAUCUUAAUGUGAUCAUUACAAGUGAUCAUGGGAUGACCCAGUGUUCUAAGGACAGAUUGAUAAACUUGGACCGCUGCAUUGAUCAUUCAGACUACACUCUUAUAGAUUUGACCCCAGUUGCUGCAAUACUUCCCAAAAGAAAUAGAACAGAAGUUUAUAACAAACUGAAAAUCUGUAGCCCUCAGAUGACUGUUUAUCUCAAAGAAGAUAUUCCUGCCAGAUUUUAUUACCAACAUAAUGAUCGAAUUCAGCCUAUUAUUUUGGUUGCUGAGGAAGGCUGGACAAUUGUGCUAAAUAAAUCACUAUCAAAAUUAGGUGACCAUGGUUAUGAUAAUUCUUUGCCUAGUAUGCAUCCAUUUCUAGCUGCCCAUGGCCCUGCAUUUCACAAAGGCUACAAGCACAGCACAAUUAACAGUGUGGAUAUUUAUCCAAUGAUGUGCCACAUCUUGGGAUUAAAACCACGUCCUAAUAAUGGGACCUUUGGCAAUACUAAGUGUUUGUUAGUUGACCAGUGGUGCAUUAAUCUCCUAGAAGCCAUUGGAAUUGUUAUCAGUGCACUUUUGGUGUUAACCACUCUAACUUGCCUCAUAAUAAUCAUGAAGAAUAGGCUGUCUGUACCACAUCCAUUUUCCCGACUUCAGCUACAAGAUGAUGAUGAUGAUCCUUUAAUUGGGUAACAUGUGCUGGGGUUUAUACAAAGUGUCUUCAAUUAGACAUAAAACAGGAUGCACCCAAGAAAUGGUGUUAUAAGUUUGAAAAAGUGUACUUUGAAAGACAAAGGAGUUAGACUGAGCAUGCUAAAAUUAUUUUGUUUUGUUUUUCCUUGAGUUUUGUUUUGCUGUAUUUACCAAUAUAAAAACCCUGACCAUAGUAAGAAUUUCUAGUAGAUCAUUAGUUAACAUGAUCUGUUUCUCUAACCAGAAACAUUUUAUGAGAAAAACACUCACUCUGACUUUUUUUUGUGUGAUGAAGAUGUGAUGCAUCUUUAAAUGAAAAUAUACCAAAAUCCAGUAGGCAUGCAUUUCUUUUAAGUUGAUAUAUUUAUAAAUAAAAGAAUAGAAAUCUUUAUGUAAUUCUUGAAUUUUAUAUAUCAGGGAGGAAAGGUUUCCUAUAUUUUUAUAUUUACCUUUAAUUGAGUUUGUAUCCCAAUUAAACACUUGAGGUAGGAAAUUUUUCUGUGAUGGUUAAUAAAAUUGGUUAACCAGGCAGAAAAGAUCUAGCAAAUAGACAAAUAAUUUUAAGGAAAGUUUUUGUUUGUUUUUGUUUUUGUUUUUUUUUAAACUAAGACUAGUUGAUACAAAGCCUGAAUUACCACCAUUGUAUUUUAAGCUGUGGAAGUCUCAGAAAGUUGUAUCUUUUGAAGAUAAUUGCCUAUUAGAAAUUCAGAAGAAAAGAGAGAAAAGUGCUGAAGACUUUGUGGCUAAUGUCUUUGUGUAAGUGAUUUAGUUGUGUGCGUGUGCAUGCGCAGAUAUUAUGUGACUUAAUGUAGGAGGAGGUCAGAGGUAGACUGGACUUUAGUUGGGCGGGCUUACACGUUCCCAUAAGAAUGUGGUUAUUUUUGCACUUCGUUUCUGUUUACUUUCUCCUAACCUACAAGUUAAAGUCAUAAUUUAAAGAAUUCUUUAUUUUUUAUCAUUUUUAACUUUCUCAUGCUAUUUAUUGUAUCAAGGUAUCCAGGUGCUACACAAACAAGUAUUACCUGAAUAGAAAUCUGUUUUUGCUUGGGUCAGAAUGAGGAAGAGAUUUUUAUAUUUACCUUUGAGACUUUAUAGGCAACAGAGCAGUUAAGAAAUUUAAAAUGAAAUUAAGUUAUCUUUUGACCUUUUACAUCAUUCAUGUAUUCAGUGGCAGAAAGAAUAACAUUCUGUUAACAUUGAAUAGCCAGAAACCCCUGUUUUUACCCUGGUAAUUGGAUCACAGAAGUAAUCCCUCUGCUCAUUUCAUUAACGUAUUUGUUCAGCACCAAGGAUUUGUUGUAAAAGAUCUAUCAUGCUACCUUUGCUAGGUGUUAUCUUCUAAUAAUUAAAAUUAAUAUGAAGAGCUGAGUUGUGGCAGACCAGAUUAUAUCUAUUAGGGGAAAAAAAUGAGUUAAGAACCAUUCAUCAGGACCUGAGGCAAGCAGUUAAUAUUGAAAGUGUGAGCUUUAAAGUUUCAACAAUAUAAAAUAAAUCUGGUAACUGUUUUGAAGAUACAAAAAUAAUCUGUAGUGAACAUACAGUCCAAUUAAAAGUUGGUUAUCUAUGAUGGUGAAGAACAGCAGUGGUGUUGGUCAUCAAAUAUAUGAUUCAUCCCACUGAGUCACUCUAUUUCCUGAGCCUUGUGUUUGAUGCCAUUUGUAUUUGGGGCCCUUGAAAGAAGUUUCCACACCUUGCAUAAAUAAUCUGGGCUAUUGAUUAUAGGACUUGACUAUAUUAACAGCAUAAUGAACAAAUAAAUGAAAUAUAAACAAUAGGACUAAUUUUGCUUCUUGGCAAAUUUUAUUUAUGAUUUGUUUCCUCACAUGAACCAGUUAUCUUGAAGGUUAAUAGUUAAUUUGAACAAAAUAAUUGCAAAAUGUUUUUCUACUUCAUUUUCCAUUUAAAAAAAUAUACAAAGACUAGAACUGCCACAUUUAAAGCUUUUUUUUUUUUUUUUUUUUUGACUAGUGAACAUUUUUUGAAGUAUAUAAAAUAGUAGCAAGAUAUUUAAUACUAGGUUGAAUCGAGCUUGGUCCUUACAAUGGUGUGGAUUUUAGUGAUUGCAUUAGCUUAAUUGGUGGUUAUGAAUUUCAGGAGUCUAUACAUGGCAUCCAACCUGGGGUUCAGUAUAUGAAGAUAUGUCCUGUCAGUGUCAUAACCUUUUCAACAAAAGACAUUUACUUGUUUUUCUUGUCUUUUCUUUCAUUUUGUUCUCAAAGUAUUUAAUUUUAAAUUAGGUAGACUGAUUUUUUAUGUAUAUGUUGAUGGAACAAGAAUAGUUUUUAAUCAAAGAGAAAUCUAUAUAUAAUAUUGAACUUUGCAUUAAUUUGUGUCUUUAAAAAAUUAUCACUUAAAGUCAAUGACUACUCUAGGACGAUGAGAAAAUCUAGUGAAGCUAGCCUUUUAUAUUAAAGUUUUGGUGUAUAUUUUAUUAAAUAAUUGACUAAUAUGCUGCUAUGUUUUCUGGAUGGUAUAAAGUAUAUGUCGCCAGAGAACAUUUCAUCAUUUCUGGCAACAUUAGUCAAAUGUAACAGGAAAACUUUCAAUGAGGUAUUUUUUGUUAAUUCAGUGAGUGAAUGUUUCCAGAAUAAGUACAUUUACUUAUGAACUAGGGACAGUUCUGCUGGGGGUAUUAAUGUAUAAAUUCUUCUGGUAAAGAAUAAUAGAAAAAAACUUAUUUGAAUAUUUUGCACUAUAGGCUUUGUGUUCCAUUAGGCUUGGUAUAAUAAUUUGUAAGUGAAGGUCUUGGAACAUUGAAGGAAUAAAACUGCACUUGGCAUUGUUCUUGGGUGGCUCCCUCUCUUGCCCAUAUCUCAUAAGCUUUAGGGAUGAUUGCAUUUAAUUCUUUUUUUUUUUUUUUUUUUUUGACAGUUUUACUUUAUUGUGAAUGCAUAAAACUACAAAUGAAGAAAAGUGUGUGUUCAUUGUCAAUUUGUAAAAUAGUGUGCAAAUAAAAUGACAUGACUGCUUUAAAAAAUUUGUAUUAGUGCCUUAAGUUAAAGUAAAAUAUACUUUGACUAUAUUGUUUGAAAUCAUAGUUAAUGACCUUGCUUAUGAUUAAAAAAUUUACAUGAAUAAAAUCUACC